GGUAGUUUGAUCUUCCCUCGCAGCUCAUCUCUAUCCCUUCUUCACGCAACAGCAGCGGGGCAAACACCGCAACUUUGACGAUACGCAGAAAUGACCUCGGACUCGACUGUUGAUAAAAUACUGGCCGGGAAAUACCCUGCUAAGCAACACGCGGAGAACGUUGUAGAGCGUCUUCUCCAUGUUCACCCCGACCUUACGGACGGGGUCAUCUAUCUCGAAUCUCAGAGGUCAAAACUUUAUGAGAACUCUGAUCAGGAAGUUCCCUUCCGCCAACGCCGUUACUUUUAUUACCUCUCUGGCUGCGACCUCGCAGAUUCCUACCUCACCUAUUCCAUUCGCGAUCGGAAGCUCACGCUCUUCAUCCCACCCAUCGACCCUGCUUCAGUACUCUGGUCCGGACUUCCGCUCUCUAACUCGGAGGCACUAGAGAAAUACGACGUGGAUGAAGUCCUUCCGACCUCAGCUACGGCCCUACCAACCACAUCCUACUCUAGCCUAAUGUUUGUAAUCGAGAGCCAAACUUCGCGUACCUUUCACCUCCAAAACACCGAGAGCUUGGAGCCAGCUAUCGAGCGCGCGCGCGCAAUCAAAGACGAAUACGAGGUAGCCCUGAUCAAGAAAGCGAACCGAAUAAGUGCACUCGCACACCACUCCUGCCUUCGCGCAAUCAAGUCUGCCGGAAACGAACGCGAGAUAGAAGCAGUCUUCACGAAGGAGUGCAUCGCAAACGGUGCGCCAAAGCAGGCGUAUUCCGGAAUCUUUGGCAGCGGCAGGUCCGCGAGCACCCUGCACUAUGUGCACAAUAACCAACCACUUGCCGGGAAACUGAACUUGCUAUUGGACGCUGGGGCAGAGUACAACAACUACGCUUCAGACAUCACUAGGACGUUCCCGAUAUCCGGGCAGUUUACCAAGGAGAGCAGAGAAGUCUACGACAUCGUACUCGAUAUGCAGAAGCAGUGUCUCGCCGCUUCCAAGGCGGGCGCCGUCUGGGACGACAUCCAUAUCCUCGCGCACAAAGUAGCAAUCCAGGGUCUUCUCAAGAUCGGUGUUCUUAGGAAUGGCAGUGUGGACGAGAUACUGUCCAAUAGGACCAGCACUGCUUUCCUCCCGCAUGGGUUGGGGCACUAUCUUGGUAUGGAUACCCAUGAUUGCGGCGGGAACCCAAAUUACGCGGACCCCGACCCCAUGUUCAAAUAUUUGCGUAAGCGCGGGCCACUUCCUGCCGGUGCGGUUAUCACCGUAGAGCCCGGGAUUUACUUUUGCGAAUUCAUUAUCAAGCCGUACCUUGAGGAUGAGAAACAUGCCAAGUAUAUUGACAAGGACGUUCUGAAUAGAUAUUGGGAUGUUGGAGGAGUUAGGAUUGAAGAUAACAUCCUGAUCACCGAAGGGGGAUACGAGAACCUUACUAAUGUGGCUAAGGAGGUUGAUGAUAUGCUGAAGUUUAUUAAUGGAUAGACUUGCAAGGGAUAUGAAUAGACCCUGUACUUUUCGGUCA